AUGUCAAGCACAAACCCCACGUCGAACCAGCCUCAACACGACGAGGACGACAUCGAUGUACACGAUGUAGACAACACACUUGAUGCCGAGGAGGCCGACGAAAUCGUAGAGGACGAUGGCGACGUUCCCAUGGACUCAGACGACGAAGGCGACGAGGGUCGCCAAGAAAUGCAGAUGGAGAUCAACCUACAAAACGACUCGGUCGCGCAUUUUGACCAACACAAGGACAGCAUCUUCUGCAUAGCGCAACAUCCAGUGCACCACGAGAUCAUCGCCACAGGAGGCGGCGACGAUGUCGGCUACAUUGUCGACGUGUCUUCGGCGGCAGCAGCGCGACCGAGCAGCGACGGACAACCCACCGAGCGCGACGGCCUGAAGAGCAUCUUCACACUAGACGGACACAAGGACUCGGUCAACGCCAUUACAUUCACUCAGCCAAAGGGACAAUUCGUAGCGACAGCUGGCCUGGACGGCAAAUUGCGUGUUUGGCAGGGCGUUCCUGACGGCAAGAAGUGGAAGUUCCUAGCAGAGGCGCAGGAGGUUGAGGAGAUCAACUGGGUCGCCCCGAACCCGUCGCCCGACCACCCCAACGUUAUCGCGCUUGGCGCAAACGACGGCUCGGUAUGGGUGUACCAGAUCAGCACGGAGAAGAACAACGAGCUACAGGUGCUACAAGCUUACUACCUCCACACCGAGACCUGCACUGCCGGCACAUGGUCGCCCGACGGUUCCCUCCUCGCUACCAUCUCCGAAGACUCGAGUCUGUACGUGUGGGAUGUAUUCGGCGAUGCUGCCUCCCAGGGUCUCACAGCGACUACCGACUCACAAGCCGUGGUUGGUCUCACAGGCCUGGACGAACGUUUCCGUGUUGAGGGCGGACUAUACUCUGUCGGUAUCCCGCCAUCUGGCGCAUUCGUCGCAGUCGGUGGCCCCGAAGGUCAAAUCCGAAUCGUCGGUCUACCGCGCCUUUCCCUCGCCGCGCCCGCCCAAGCAUCAACAUCGUCGAGUGGUGGAGGCGCAAAGAACAAAGCUGGCGGAGGCAAGCAGGCUGGUGCCAAGGGCGGUGCGUCAUCAGCCGGUCAAGCUGGACAGAUCCUGGCCAGUCUCCAGGCAGGAAGCGACAACGUCGAGUGCAUGAGCUUCUCGUCCGAGCCCCUCACCCUCAUGGCCGCCGGCAACGUCGACGGCUCCAUCACCCUCUUCGACACCGCACAUCGCUUUGCCGUCCGAAGGCGAAUAGAAGAUGCGCACGCCGACGAAGAGUCCCCACAGGCUGUGGUCAAGCUCGAGUUUGUCGCCAAGGAAGGUCCAGGAGGUUGGUUGCUGACGAGCGCGGGAUACGACGGUGUUCUGAAGCGAUGGGAUGCACGAGGCGGAACAGCUGCGGCUGGAAAGGGCCUCGUGGGCGAAUGGAAGGGACACAGGGGAGGCGGUGAGGGAGGAGGUAUCAUGGCAUUUGUACAAGGAGCUGGUGAGGCAGUUGUCACAGCUGGCGACGACCACGUCGCGCUAGUCUUCAAGACGCCCAUCUCACAGUAG